AUGUGCAUGACAUCUUGGGCAAAACUCUCAAAACCGAAGAAGCUUGGAGGGUUAGGUUUUCGCGAUAUACAACUCUUCAACAAAGCCCUCCUAGCAAAGCAAUCUUGGCGGGUCCUCACAAACCCGGACUGUCUCCUCUCACGAGUGUUGCGUGGUAAAUAUUGCCACAACGCUUCUUUCCUCACUGUCAAAGCACAGGCUUCAUGCUCCCAUGGUUGGAGGGGGAUUCUACAUGGCCGAGACCUACUUGCUCCGAAUAUAGGCAAAGCUAUAGGUGAUGGUAUGUGCACGAGAGUCUGGAAGGAUGCUUGGAUCAGAACAGACACCCUCAGUUGCCCAAUGGGACCAGCUAAUGAGGAAGUAAUUGACCUCUUUGUCUCUGACUUGUUAUUGCGGGGCUCUGGUGAAUGGAAUAAACCGAAGAUCAGACAGCUACUCCCAGGAUACGCGGAGACCAUCUUAUGUAUGAGACCAAGCCGGUUAGGCGCUGAGGACAAGUGGGUGUGGACACUUAACAACUCAGGAGCCUACUCAACAAAGUCUGGAUACUAUGAGGCUGUUAAACAACAAAACCAAGAGGGAGAACAACAUGGCAUAAUCCAAGGCAAUCAACAAAACCGACUACACAACUUCAACUGGAACAAGCAUAUCUGGUCGGUAAAAACGGCGCCAAAAAUACAGGUCUUUCUUUGGAAGAUUAUACAGGAUGCAUUACCUUUAGGAAUGGCGCUGCAGAGGAGGGGAAUCUUAACACAUCCAGUGACUUGUGCGCGAUGUGGAGCUCCGGAGUCAGCCGAUCACUUGUUCUUACACUGUAGGUUUGCGAGACAAGUUUGGGAUAAUAUCCCACUCACGAGAACUAUAGACAUCGGAACGAACUCCACUUUUGACCAAUGCCUGGCAGCCUCACAUGAUCUGGUAUGCCUCCCUCCGACGGGAGUGUCGGGCAACAUUUUCUCUUGGGUAUGCUGGUGCAUAUGGACAGCAAGGAACCUCCUGGUCUUCGAGGACAGAACACUAGACGCUAAGGACAUCAGCUGCACCUCCAUUAAACUUGCGCGAGAAUGGCAGGAGGCCCAAGCACACAAACCUCUCCCGGCACACAACUUAGGAGGCAACAACUCUCAUAUACGGGAGCUCACAUCGAUGACUGUUUCUACUCUGUUCACAGACGCGGCAUGGAAAGCCCAAGAUAGAACUGCAGGAUGCGGCUGGAUUAUACAUAAUCCACAAGAGAGAGAAACAACGAGUGGCACAUCGACUGAACUCUGUGUCGCAUCACCUUUGAUGGCGGAAGCCUUGGCUGUUCGCGAAGCCCUGCUGCACGCAAAGGCCCUCCAUCUCUCCAAUAUCUGCCUUAAAUCAGAUAACCAAGUGCUUGUCAAAGCACUAAACUCGAAGCAACAUCCGGUGGAACUCUACGGAAUCAACUUGGAUAUCGAGAACCUAUCCUCCUCGUUUUGUUCUAUUUCUUUUGUCCAUGUCUCUAGGAAUUUGAAUUCUGCUGCAGAUGCUUUAGCAAAGUCUGCCAUGUACUACUUGAACCCUUAG